CACUUGACGCGCGGCUUCCCGAUAGCUGACCUUGCAAGGCAAAGCGUCACCAUGGUGAUGGUUGUUAUGCCCGAAACGUAAACAAAAUUUGCUUUUUGCGCUGUGAAAACCCACACACCGACAGGCGCGCGCCGAAAAAAAAAAACAAAAGAGGUGGCUUGCGGGCGGCACUGCUUCACGGGAAGGCGUAACUAAAAAGGGCUGUGCACAGUUCCGGGCGUGAAUGAACGUGGUUCGGCGAGCAUGACGCUUUACUUCGACACCAAGGUACAGUUUCUGGACAGUGAGGCGAUCAGUACGGUCAGCUCAUGGCACCCGGUGGAACCGAUCUUUGCCGUCGCCUCGUACAGCAACGAGCGGGGCGGCUCGGUCACGAUCUUCGACGACACGGGCAUACCGCUGCGCGACGUAUCGUUCCCGGUGCAUCCGACGUCGCAGGCGACCGUGCUGACGUGGCACCCGGAGCGCAAGAUACUGCUGACCGGGUGGGAGAACGGCGAGAUCCACGCCUGGUUCGAGGGCAAGCGGGACUUUGCCAGCGUGAACGGGCCGCACAAGUCGCCGAUCAUGCUGCUCGAGUUCAGCGAGAAGGGCGGCCGGGUGAUCACGGCGGACGCGAUGGGCGUGCUGACCGGCUGGCGGUUCGACGGGCAGGCCCAGUUUCUGACGAUGUUUAACCACGAUCUGCGCGACCCGCUGCUGCACAUCACGUUUCGCCGAUCGAUCCAGAGCGCCAGCAGCAAGGAGCUGACCAACCUGGCGCGGGCGGCGGUGGCCGGCGAUGAGGCGGCCCUGGAUCAGCUGACCAGCUGGCGGCCCCGGACGGCGGUACGCAAUCUGGCGCACGCGAGCGUCCACGACAACUACUGCUUUUACGCGUGCACCCAGGCCGGCAUACUGUACUACAUCAACCAGACCGGCACGUGCACGGAGAUAGUGCGCGGCGACACCAUCCCGAUCAUGCAGAUACUGUGGCACCCGAAACAGGACUCGAUCGUGAUACUGAUGGAGGACAUUACGAUCGGGCACUACGAGGUCGACACGAACGGGCAGAUUGCCGAGCUGGACCGGGUGAAGCUGUCCGGCAAGGUGUCCGGCUCGAAGAGCGCCAUCACGUGGGUGGCCGGCUGCGCACUGGCGAUCCUGACCGGCGACCUGUCCGUCCGCAUCUGGGACAUCGAGACGAACGACAACUACGUGCUGUCGAUGGAGCUGACCGCGACCGGUGCCGAUCGGCCCCCGGUGAACGGGGCAGCCGGUGCCGCCGCCGCCCAGGAAGUGUUCACCUGCGUCGCGUACUGUGCCGACACGCAAACGCUCAGUGCCGGCACGAGCCAGGGCAACCUGUACACGUGGUGCCGGGCGGCCGGUUCGUACGGCCGGUCGUACGCCGGCACCGAGAACCAGUGGCAGCUCACGAACGUGACGCCGGUGCGGGGCACCAUCAAGAGCCUGGUCUGGGGCACGACCGAGGCGAACCGGGCCUGCAUGAUGGUCAACUGCCUGUCGAGCGUGUUCAUACUGAAGGAGCAGUCGCUGCUGUCCGCCCACGCCCGCCAGCUGUGGGCCACGCAGAAGAAGUCGAACGAGCUGCUGAUCCGGCACGCGAACGGGCGCGAGGCGCUGCUCCACACCGACAUCUCCAUCAUCCAUCUCGCGCUGAACGAGCUGCACCUGGUCGUGACGAACGGGCGCACGGUGGCGGUGUAUCGGAUCGAUCCGGCCGGUACGAUGCGCGGUACGCGGGCGGGCUCCGACGCUGGCGCGGAACCGGACGCGCUGGCCGUGUCGCACGUGGACAGCUUCGCGGUGGAAUGCGGUGCGGUGUACCUGUACGAGCAGAGCAUCGUCGCGCUCGGCACGGAGCAGGUCAAGAUUUACUCGCUGAGCGGCAUCAUACUGCAGGAGCUGGUGUUCAACGCGAACGAAGGCAAACCGAUCGGCGUGGAUUUGGUCGGCCCGUAUCUAACCGUGUUCACCCUUCACGGCUACAUCCGCUUGUACGAUGUGUCGCGGCACGACAUCCGCCUGCUGCAGCCGCCCAAAAGUGCGUACGAUCUGUUUGAGAAGUUUGGCGAAAUCAUUAUGGCGCGCACGAACGCGAACGGGACGUACGUGGCGAUCACCAUCGCGAACGAGCAGCUGCUGCCCGACGGCAAGCUGUACCUGUGGAACCUGGAGAGCAACGUGCUAACGGCGCGCGAAUUCCACACCCCCGAACCGAGCGGCCGGACCCGUUGGCUCAAGGACGGCCAAGGGGAGGGAGCGUCUAGUAGCGCCCCGAAUGGCCAUCACUGUCUGCCGGUGGCAUUUUUCUGGGACGCGGAAGACGCCCGACUGCUCGCGUGCGAAACGAAGCCCCUGCCGAGACAGCAGCAGCAGCAACAGCAGUCUCGCACGCUCCAGCCAGAGUCCCAGAUACACGUGCUGUUUGUCGACGCGCCAAAGUCGGAACUGGCCGAGCUGGAGCUGCUAGACCCGAACGGUGCGCCGGGUGAGCAGCUCGAGCUGAUCGGGCUGUGCGUGCCGCACCUGAUCGUGCUGCGGCGCAACGAGAUCGCGCGUCUGUCGCUGCGCGACUUCAAGGGGCUCGACACGUGCGAUCUGGCCACGCGCGAAAUGGUGCUCAACUUCAGCCUGAACGUGGCGCAGGAAAACAUGGACCAGGCGUUCAGCUGCAUCCGGUCGCUGCGUUCGGACACGGUAUGGGCGAAUCUGGCCCGGCUCUGCGUGCAGACGGGCCGGCUGGAUGUGGCGAAGGUGUGCCUGGGGCAUUUGCGGCGUGCCCGGUCGGUGCGGGCGCUGCGCCGUGCGACCGAGGACGCCACGCUCGAGCAGGAGGCCCGCGUUGCGGUGCUGGCGAUCGAGCUCGGCAUGAUGGAGGAGGCGGAAGCGCUGUACAAGCGGUGCGGCCGGUACGAUCUGCUCAACAAGCUGUACCAGGCGUCCGGGCGGUUCGAGGAGGCGCUCGAGGUGGCGGAACACUUCGACCGGGUGCACCUGCGCAACACGUACCACCGGUACGCGGAGUGGCUGAAGGAGUGCGGCAAGACGCAGAAAGCGAUCCAGUACUACGAGCGCACCACCAGCCUGAUGCACAACAUCAGCCAGCUGCUGAUGGACGAUCCGGGCGCGCUGAAGCAGUACAUGCAGGCGACGACCGACCCGGAGCUGCUGCGCUGGUGGGCCCAGUACGUCGAGAGCAGCGGCGACAUGGAGGGCGCGUUCAAGAUCUACCAGCGGUCGGGCGACUGGUUCUCGCAGGUGCGCAUCCUCUGCUUCAUCGGGCAGGUCGCCCGGGCGGACGAGAUAGCGCGGGCGAGCGGGGACCGGGCCGCCUGCUACCAUCUCGGGCGGUACUACGAGAACAGCGGCAAGCUGCAGGAGGCGAUCCAGUUCUACACGCGCGCGCAAACGUACGGCAACGCGGUGCGCAUCUGCAAGGAGCACGAGCUGCCGGACGACCUGUGGACGGUCGCGUGCACGGCCCGGGCCCGGGACAAAGCGUCCGCCGCCGCCUACUACGAGGAGUCGGGCGACUAUCGGCGGGCGGUCGAGCUGUACCACCGGGCCGGCAUGCUGCACAAGGCGGUCGAGAUGGCGUUCCGGUCGCAGCAGCCCGAGUCGCUGCAGGUGAUCGCGUCCGAGCUGGACGCGUCGUCCGACCCGGACCUGGUCGGCCGGUGUGCGGACUUCUUCGUCGGCAUCGAGCAACCGUACAAGGCGGUGCAGCUGCUCGCGAACGCCCGCCAGCUGGCCCGUGCGCUGGCCGUCUGUGCCGAGCACCGGGUGCCGGUGACGGAAACGCUUGCCGAGCUGCUCACCCCCGGCAAGGACGACCUGGCGGAGGGAGAGCGCACAGCGCUGCUGCUGCGCCUCGGCGACAUACUGCAGGAGCAGGGCGACUACCACGCGGCGACGAAGAAGUUUACGCAGGCGGGCGACCGGGUGCGCGCGAUGAAGAGUCUGCUCAAGUCGGGCGACACGGACAAGAUCAUCUUCUUUGCCGGCAUGUCGCGCCAGAAGGACGUGUACGUGAUGGCGGCCAACUACCUGCAGGCCCUCAACUGGCAGAGCGAUGCGAAGAUACUGAAGAACAUCGUCACGUUCUACACGAAGGGGCAGGCGUACAGCCAGCUCGCCAACUUUUACGCCAACUGUGCGCAGGCGGAGAUUGACGAGUUCCGGGACUACGACAAGGCGCUGAAUGCGCUGCAGGAGGCGGUAAAGAGCUUGUCGCGUGCUGCGCCUGGGGCGGCCGGUGGAUCGCAGCCGGCCGCCCUCGAUGCGCUGCAGCUGGCGAUGGCCGAGGUGAGGCGCGUGAUCGAGCUGCAGGACGCAACGGAGCGGCAGGAGUAUAGCAACGUGAUCAAGCUGAUCAAGGUGCGGCUGGAGGAGCGGCAGGAACCGGCGCCGCCCGUGCGCGUCUGGGAUCUGCUGGCCCUGCUGGUGGAGUGUCUGGUCGCGACCGGUCAGCACUCCGAGGCGCUGUACUACGUGCGCGAGCUGGCCCAGCGCAAGCCGGACUGGUACCAUCAGGAGCUGCUCGACAAGGCCGUGCUCGAUCGGCUGGUCGCGGAGACGGGCGUCAAUCUGGAGCCGUACGUGAACGUGACGAAGGUGAAGCGUCCGACGACGGCCACGAUAUCCACGAUGAGCGAUGACGAAGAAAUUCAGGAGGUGUUUGAGUAGAAAGUGACUUAAGGUAUUAACGACCCUAGGGCGGAACCUAGCUAAGCGACAACUAUUGGAACACAUUACACGCCGUCCGUUAAGAUACUAAGACAUCUGGAAGAGUGUUGGGAAUUCUUCAACAAUUUAAUUCAUUUUCAGAAUAGACUAGUAUAAUACUGCUACAAUGUUCCGUGUGUGCAGACUUACUGAGUGUUGCAGAAAGGGAACAGUGGAGAUUCUUGUAAAGAAAUUCAGGAGGUGUUUGGGUAGGAAGAGCGCGGGAAUUGAGUAGAGGUUUUCACGACCCUCGGGCGGAACCUAGCAAGCGAUAACUAUCGGGACAUCUCACGCCGUCCGUUAAGAUACUAAGACAUCGUAAAGAGUGUUGGGAACUGUUCAACAAUUUAAUUUAUUUUCAGAAUAGACUAGUAUAAUACUGCUAUAAUGUUAUGUGUGUGUAAACUGAUAUUAGUGACUGUUGAAGAAAGGGAACUUGUAAAGAAAUUCAGGACGUGUUUGAAUAGAAAGAGCGCGGGAAGUGUGGCUAGGGGUUUUAACUAGUGAUGUGCUGUUUGGAGCGCAUCCACAACUCCGACCCGACUCCGGGAAUUGGUCGUCCGAUUUCGACUCCGGCAAAAUCCGAACCACUAGUUCCGUUCGGAGUCAGAAUCGUCUGGGUGGUCCGAAGUCGUUCGGAGUCGUCCGGAGUCGUUCAGAGUCUGAAGUCGUUCGGAGUCGUCCGUAGUCACCCGAAGUUGUUCGGAGUCGUUCGGAGUCUGAGUCGUCCGGAGUUGGCCGGAGUCGACCGGAGUUGGAGUCAUUCAGAGUCAUCCAGAGUUCGGAGUCGUCCAGAGUCGUCGAGAGUUCGGAGUCGUCCGUAGUCGUUCAGAGUCUGAAGUCGUCCAGAGUCGUCCUGUAGCAUAUCUGCUAAACAGAACUUAUUAUAAUACACACUAUCAGCUAUAGACACAUCGUAACACACUUCGGAAAGCCAAAUCACACCAUUGCAACACAUUCAAUAUAACACAUCAGCAAAUCAAUCCACACCAUAGCAAUACACCCAGACCAUACCGUUCAUAGAAAAAACAAUUGAGACACAUUUAUCGAAAACAACCGAAACGCGCAACAUAAGUAAUUCAAGCGUUACUGCAGCAAAGUGGACAAACAGAGAACGCAUAGCAACUUAACGCUAAAAGCGCUGAGUAGGCAAAGAUCGACCAACGCACCCGUUCCUUGGCUAGAACAGUUGAAACUUUCCAGGACCUUUGUAAAAACACUAAAAGCGCAACAUAGACACAAAUUGAUAGACACCUCACUCCAAUACAAUGUAUGAAUUGCACCUCAUAUCAAUAACCUUUAAUUAGGACAAAAACACAUUCCAAAACCAAAAUGUAUGAAACCCAUUGAGUAUAAAUAAAACCAAUUCCGACCGUGGCAAGUCAGAUUCGUUCAGACUGUCAGGAUAGGACUAUGCCCAUCCAA